AUGAAUAGUGAUAAAUUCAAGGUUUUAAAAUUUGGUCAUAUAAACUGCAGAUCAGUUUUAUCAGGAUUUCAUGAAUUUAGUACACUGGUUCAAAACAACAACCUUGAUAUUGUUGGAAUAUCGGAAACGUGGCUAUCAAAAGAUAUAUCUAAUGACCAUAUAAGAAUGAAUGGAUACAACUGCUAUCGCUGUGAUAGAGAUGGGCGAGGUGGUGGGGUUGCAGUCUUUGUAAACAACCACUACAACUCUUCCAUAAUUUCAUUUGGGCAAGACCCAAGUCUUGAAUAUAUAUGGUUGAAGGUGCAGCUUGCAAAACAAAAAAUUGCUAUUGGUAUAUUCUAUCGGCCCCCACAUAGCUCUGUUACAGAAGCCGGUAAUACCUUUGAUAACAUGUUGCCUGCCAUAUUAGCUGAAUAUGAUGAUAUCAUCCUUGCAGGGGAUAUCAAUGUUAAUUUGCUUUUAGUUUGUAACAACUUGACUAAAUGCCUUGAUUCUUAUAAUCUGAAACAGAUUUUGAGAUGUCUCCAUACUUUUGGACAAACUGUUUGGCAUCUCUCUGACAUAGCGACUAGUGAUAAUGGACGCCUAUAUAUUGUACUAGGAACUUCAAAGGAUACAUCCACUGACCAACCUACACCAUUGACAGCAGCAGAAAGCAGAAAUCCGUGUUUGUCGAAGGCUGCCCGCGUGACAAAUAUGUGCGCUCAAUCACGGACUACAAAGCUCGGUACCAUAUCUUCUCCUGCUGUUAACUUGUUUGGUAAUUUACACAGUGCCUUUAGACUCAUCUGUGAAGUUACCCAGAUGAAAACAGUCAUGCUGAGUAUUAACAACGGGAUGUUGGUAUAG